UCAUUGGAGAGGGGAUUAUAUUUGAAGAGCAAGCGCGCACCGAUUUCAUCCUCAAACACACUUACUCCUUGGCAUCCUUCGCGCACGGAGAAUUCUAUAAUCCUUUACUUAAUCUUUCUAAUUCCAAUUAUGCGAUAUACGAUCUCAAGUAAUCAUUUUUAAACAUAUAAAGAAAAAAGAAAGAAUACAAAAGGGCAGGGAUACGCGAAGAAGUUUAUCCAAAUUUCAAAAAUGAAGGUAAUUGGCUACCUUUUGUACAUACUACCAUUGAUAUUUUUAAUAAAGAUAGGAAAUAUAGAAGGAACAGAAAAUGAGCGCGAUAUUUCGAACUCAUUUACAACUGAUAAAACGUAUAAAAUGAAGAGACCAUUUUGCAAUGCGUUUAGUGGAUGCGGAAAGAAAAGAAGUUACUAUGGAACUUCGAUUUAUUCUCCGUAUUUCGAUUCAAAGAAAGGAAUUGGAAUUCGUCUUCCAAUACCAAUUUACAAAGCUCUAAUAAAUGCAGCUUCAAAAGAAAUUCGAACCGUAGUAUCACGAGGUUCUAAUGAUUACGAGCUUCCAGAGAUAACACAGGACUUUUUAGUUUUUCCUGAUCGAGAAUUGACAUUACAAGAAGUUAACUGACUGAUAGAAAUUAGUAUAAGUAUUAUAUACCUGUAGAUUUAUAAAAUGAACAAUCGAGAGCCAAAGAAAAAUAUUAAAUCA